CAAAGUUGGCAUAGUUAGGUAUGAACUGCCCCUCUCGCUGCUGCAUCACUCUUCCCUGAGAGAGGGAAAUGUCAAGGCUGUGAAAGAGAUGCAGCAGCAAGAGAGAAACAGAGGUGGAUGACAGAAAAGUCCCUGAAACCUGUCGGGCACCUCUCUCAAGGCUGUGGCCUUGGUACCUCAUCAGUGCGUCAGGUGUGUAGUGUGCUGAUUGGCCACAGUGGUAACAGUGAUGCAACAGGACUCUUCUUGUGUUCUUAUCCCACAGCAGGGGUAGGCACACUAAGGCCCGGGGUCUGGAUACAGCCCAGUCACCUUCUCAAUAUAGCCCACGGAUGGUCUGGGAAUCAGCGUGUUUUUACAAAAUCAGUAUCUUGAAAGAACACUCUACCAAAUAAAAAAUAAAAAGUCACCAACCGUCUGUGAAAGGGUGUCACUUCUGGGACUUGAGCAACACAAUAUUCUCUUCAAGGUCAUGAAGCCUGGGAGGUUUUGAUAAGCAAAUGCUGUGGAGGGGUUUAGUUCCUCAUUGGCUGCCUGGUUCACCACCAGAUUUUGACAUGAGUAUAAUCAGAUUGAAAAAUCAGGGAGGAGAAUGAGGUAAAGUGAAGAAGGGGAAGAAAGAGGGAGAUGUGUCUAACUUCAGCUGACAGCAAGACUGUGGAAAAGUCAUAGAGAAGGAAACUUCACUGUGAGGAUCGUCCCUGAGGAAAAGUCUACUUUCAGCAAUUCUGCAAUAACAGCUGAACACGAAAUGCCAAGGUCUUUCUUAGUGAAGAGUAAGAAGGCAAACUCUUAUCACCAGUACCGAGUUGUGGAUGAUGGUCUCCUGGUUCCGAAAUGGGACCCGGCAACAGUUGUGCCCUCCACUGCAGUUAUUCAUGGCCACAACACCCCCAAGGACAGCGAGGCCCUCAGCACUGGUUGUCCACAAGGCCCUGCUCCAAAAGAUGGAAAUGAACCCAAAGGAGUCAAAGAAGAGUAUGUUCUCCCUGCCCAUAGUAUGACCAGAACAGUGUCAGGACCUCUGAUAUCAGAGAUGCCUGUCCAAGCUCUGAAAUCCAACGACAGUGGCUCAGUUGAAAGUGUGGCCACCUUUUACAAGCCCAAUUUUGCUUGGAGUGCCUUCCGUCCUCCAUACAGCUACAGGCCAACUUCUUCUACCCUUCUGGAACAUUCCGUUAGCCUGUAUGAGAACCACCUCCUCCCAGCCUCAGAGCCACCCCUUGACUACAGCCUGAGAUUCUCACCGGACAUGGAUACAUACCACUGUGUGAUCUGUAACAAGAUAUUUUCUACCCCACAUGGACUGGAGGUCCACGUCCGACGAUCCCACAGCGGCACACGACCCUUUGCUUGCGACACCUGCGGCAAAACGUUUGGGCACGCUGUGAGUCUGGAGCAACACGCCAACAUUCACUCUCAGGAGAGAAGCUUUGCAUGCAAAAUGUGUGGGAAGACUUUCAAACGCUCUUCCACCCUCUCCACCCACUUGCUGAUCCACUCAGACACAAGGCCGUACCCCUGCCAGUACUGCGGGAAACGCUUCCACCAGAAGUCAGACAUGAAGAAACACACUUACAUCCACACAGGGGAGAAGCCACACAAAUGCCAGGUCUGCGGCAAAGCCUUCAGCCAGAGCUCCAACCUCAUUACGCACAGCCGCAAGCACACUGGCUUCAAGCCGUUUAGCUGCGAGCUCUGCGGCAAGGGUUUCCAGCGCAAGGUGGAUCUGCGGCGACACCGGGAGAGUCAGCAUAGCCUCAAGUGAGAAGAGGAGAGCAGCCUUCUGUGUUCAGCUAAGGGGAGAUGGCUGACAUCAGGAGAGAUCCUUGUGGAGAGAGGAGAGUGUGCCCAAGAUGAAUUUCCUCCUGUUCAUCAAGAGAGAGAGACAAUGAAGGAGCCUAAGGAAGAGCAGCAUUGUUCUCCUCCAGAAGGCCCAUUGCUUAGGCUCAGUUUUCCCCACCUGUAGAUUUUCUUCUCCUUCAAUGGAGGCCAGUCAAUGGAGACAGUAUAGAGCUAGACAGCUCAACAGCCUGACAUGGUUUGAGGCCCCCUCUGCACUGUACGUUUAAAGCUGUCUCGUACCACGGCUUAUAGUUUGCUAAGGAGGCUGAGAGUAAUUUGGAGACUCCCCAUUCCUUUCACAGAACUACAAUUCCCAGAGUUCCCCUGGAAGGCGAAUUAGGUGUUAAACCACUCUGGGAAUUCUCCCUCCAAAGAAUCCUGGGAAGUGUAGUUUGUUAAGGGUGCAUAGUAGUAGUAUUCCCUUAACAGAGCAACAAAUCCCAAAGUUAAGAGGGAUUGGUUGUUCAACCAAUCUGGAAACUGUAGCUUUGGGAAGGGAAAAUGGAUCUCCCAAGUACUCUUACACCCUUAACAAGCUACAGUUCCCAUAAUUUCUUUGGGGAGGCUAUGAAAGUUGAAAGCUGUAUGAUACAGCUUUAAAUGUACAGUGCAGAUGGAGCCUAAGUCUGUUCCAUAUAAUCUGCCCGCAAAACAAGUGCUCUGUCACUGAGCUAAGGCCCUUCUGGGAUAAUUUUUUUAUUUGCUGAACUGUCAUGGCUUCCUCCAAAGAAUCCUAGGAAAUGUAGGUUACUGAGAGUAGGACAUUUCCUACUACAGGGGUACCUUGGGUUAAGAACUUAAUUCGUUCCGGAGGUCCGUUCUUAACCUGAAACUGUUCUUAACCUGA